AUGGGGGCAAGUGCAUCUAAGGAACAAGCGGUGCAGAACCCCCAUGGUGCAUCCCUGACCGCUAAGGAAGCCCACCUGACUCGGCCUGCCCCACACCCCUGGGCAUCUGUGGGCUCUGUCUAUGGCUUCUCUGCCUGUACGGGAGCCCAGCCUGUAACUGACGCAGCCUGCUGGCCUGUCGUGAGGACCCCCUGUGUCAUCCACUCCUGGAUGGGGUGCCCAGCCACUUGGACUUACAUGUGGGCCCCCUAUGGUGGUGAUCUCUGGGUGGGGCAUCCCCCUCCAGCUGCCUCAGCACCUUCAGUCUGGCCUUGGGGCGUCUCCAGCUUUGAUUCCCGCAUGGGAGGCCAGCACUGGGCCACCAUGGCCUCCAGUGUAUUGCCUUACUUCAUAGGACCCCCGCCCCUGUGCUCCUCCGGCCCUCCAGCUCUGAGCAGGGACGCCCCCGGCCACUGUACCCAGGUGGGAUGGCAGACUCCAACCAACUCAGCCUUCCCUGCUCCAGUGGGGGUCAUGUCCAGAGGAGCUUCUCCCUUGAAGAAGUGCCAGGCCCCUCCAUCAGAGUGGGCCUCCAGGUUCAGCAUUUGGGCGCCUGCGCCGUCCUCCAGCCCAGAACUCCGCCCUCUGCCCCCUUCCCCCAGCUCGGACCCUCAGCCCAAUCCCCGGUGUCCCCGCUCCCCCCGGCCGCCCUGCAGGGCCUGCCGCCGCCUCUUCGAGCUCUGA